UCCAUACUCCUUACUGGUUGGUGGCGGUAAUGCUCCUUAUAAUUGUUUGCCAGCCGCAAAUAAAUCCUACAACAAGAAGAAGACGAACCCGGAAGCAUAGCGCUGAGCGUAAACACAGCUGUGUUUUGCCUACCAGAGAUGGUGUACGUGUCCAACGGCCAGGUCCUGGACAGCAGGUCCCAGUCCCCCUGGAGCCUGUCCUUACUGACUGAUCUCUUCUGGGGGGCAGUGGAGUUCAUCAGCCUCUUUUUUAGGACGAUAAUCCACCCUGAUUUAUCAAGAAAUGGAAACGUGGCUUCAUCACGCUUCAGUGAUGGCAGAGGACCUCCAGGUCCCCCUGGUGGCAGAAGGCGGAUGGGACGAAUAACUCAUGGAGCAGGUCCCAACCCACCACCAAUGGGUGGAGGUGGAUGAGGAAGGUAAACGCCUACACUUACAGUGUGGGCGUGGGGCCGUGCACAGCGUCUGUCCUUAGCAUCGCCGUGCUGCAGCCCUUCUUCAUCAGCUGCCACUGCUGCUAGCAGUUUCUUGAUGCCUUUCUGGGAAUACCUAUGCUUAGGGGCCGGAAUGGUUGAUAUAGCAGCUGUCUGCAUCCCUCAGUCCUGUUGUUGUUUUUCUUCCCCUCUCCUUCUAUCCUUCUAGUUUACAUCCAUGUCUUAGACAUAUCAGGCAAAAGCAUCUAGGUUAUUGUCAUCCCUUGGGAUCAUCACAAAGUUUCUCUUUUUUAAAUAUCUGUUUAAAUAAAUGAUCUAUACUAAACUUG